AUGAGCGCGAUUCUAUCGGCCGACGACUUGAACGAUUUCAUCUCGCCCGGAGUUGCAUGUAUCAAACCUGUGGAAACCCUGCCAGAAAAGAGCAAAGAAAAUGUCUAUGAAGUGACAACGGAAGACAAAGUCCAGCCCGAGGACCUCCCACCGGCGCAGAUUUCUUUGACGGAUUGCCUUGCAUGUUCUGGUUGCGUUACAUCUGCUGAGGCGGUCUUAAUCUCACUUCAGUCCCACGCUGAAGUCCUCAAUACGCUUGACGCAUACUCAGAAAUACCUCUGGCGCACAGCAACCAUGGUACGGUUAUCAACAAUGCCGAAGAUUCAGGCGAGAGCAAGAUUUUUGUGGCCAGUGUGAGCCCGCAGGUCAGGGCAAGCUUGGCCACAACUUACGGAAUCUCAGAGAAAGAAGCGGGGUACAUGGUCGACCAAUUACUCAGUGGGCCACAGGGCCUGCGGGGUGGAGGUAAACAUGGCAAUGGGUUUACGUGGGUGGUAGACACCAAUGUGAUGAGAGAGGCCGUUCUCGCACUUACCGCGGACGAAGUUUCAGACUCGCUCAAUCACAACGAAUCCUCAGCUACGAGCGAAGAGGAGUCUUCUAUGCCAAAGCGCCCGAUUUUGUCUUCGGCGUGUCCUGGAUGGAUUUGCUACGCCGAGAAGACACACCCGUUCAUUCUUCCACAUCUCUCCCGGCUCAAAUCUCCCCAGGCUUUGUCGGGAACUUUCCUCAAGACUGUUCUAAGUAAAUCCCUUGGGGUUCACCCUUCUCGGAUUUGGCAUUUGGCGGUGAUGCCAUGCUUUGACAAGAAGCUGGAGGCCAGUCGAGAGGAGCUCACGGACGUGACAUGGCGCCAGGGGGAUUCUUCAGGAUCCGAAACCGCGCCCGUUCGUGAUGUAGACUGUGUUAUCACUGCCCGUGAACUCCUCUCUCUGGCUUCAUCUCGAGGAUUUUCACUCCCGAGUCUGCCUUUGAAACCCCUUCCGUCAUCUCUAAACUUGCCUUUCCCUGAGAAGACUCUCGAAUCUUUCGUCUCAUUCAAAAGAACUCAGUCAGAACAAUCACCUGCCACGGGCACAUCGGGAGGCUAUUUGCACCACGUUCUCAUGACUUUCCAGGCCCGCAAUCCAGGCAGCCAACUUGUGAUUAACCGUGGACGCAACGUCGAUGUUGUUGAGUACAUCCUGAUGUCCCAAGAUAAUCAACCAAUCUUGAAAACCGCUCGCUACUACGGAUUCCGAAACAUUCAAAACCUUGUCCGAAAGCUCAAACCGGCACGUGCAUCAAGACUCCCUGGCGCAAAUCCUGCUGCACGACGCCGCCUGCCUGCCUCGCGCGCCGCCGCAUCUAACGGUAGCUCGGGGUCAGACUAUGCCUACGUGGAAGUCAUGGCUUGUCCUGGCGGGUGUACGAAUGGCGGGGGACAAAUCCGAGUGGAAGAUGCCAGAGCGAACCUUGGCUCCCCUCAAGGAGAUUCGACCGCUGAAUCUACUAAACCAUCGCCCCAUGAGCAACGCGCGUGGCUCGCUCGUGUCGAUGAGGCAUACUUCUCUAUGGAAUCGGACUCUGAGUCAGAGCUAGAUCUCCAGUCUCAACAGACUUCAUUGGAAGCCAAGGAGGCCAUGAUCCAUAUGGGCUUGGAGCGCUGGUCCCAGUUCAUGGACAUUCCUCUUUCCAAGCUCGCUUACACCACCUAUCGCAAGGUUGAAAGUGACGUCGGCAAAGACCAGACCUCUGCCAACGAUACUACACAUGUCGUGGAGCUUGCUGGCAAGAUUGGUGGUGGUUGCUCAAGCCUUUCCACAACCCUCACCUUCCGCUCCAAAAUGUCUCGCGAAACCUACCAGGUCCCCUCCAUGGGCUCCCAGAACACCUUCGAUGCUCAAGGCGGCGGUUACGCCAGCGCUAUGGCCGUCGACAGCCCCUCCGUUGUGUACCUUUGCGGCGAGUGCUCUGCCCGCGUGCCUCUGAAGCGUGGCGACCAGAUUCGCUGCAAGGACUGUGGUCACCGCGUGCUGUACAAGGAGCGGACCAAGCGGUAA